GUUAAUAUUAGAAAAAGCAAAAACAAAAUUUCAAGGAAUGUUUUGUUGGUGCCGCGAAAGCCACAUGCAGCUAAAACCCUCCCGGUAACGGAAAAUUUUCGUGGACAGCUUUCUAUUCCGCAGGGCGCAGGUUACUCUACAGAUCAAAUUCACCAAGGAAGGCAUAUCAUUUCAAAUCUGGAUUAGUAUUUGGAAUUGAAACUGCUAUUUCCCUGUCUGCAAAAUUUCUGUUGCUUCCCCUUCAAGUUCUUUGCCUUUGUUGUCUGAUCUGUGUUCUUGCGACUCUGACGCGAGUCUCUGCAGCAGUGCGGACUUCUCAAGGCCCCUUAUUUGGAUGAUUUCGCAGCUUCUUGAAAGUCAUAGGUUUUAUUAGAUUGCGUUUUCAUUUAGGAUUUUGCUAGCUCGUCCAACUCGUCACCCCAAAACCCUAAUUUGUGAAAUUCUGAGGCGUGUUCUCAUUAGAUAUGCUUGUUUUCGAAUGGAUUAUGCAUUUGUAGAGUUCUUCAAUUCCUGGUUGUCCAAUGGGUGCCAUAACUAGCAAUCGUAAGCGCUCUGAAGAAUGCCUGAGCUUGAAUAACGCGUAUUCAUCCCCUGACACCUCAGAUUCUCGUAAACCCAAAAGACUCAAAUCCUUGUCUAUGCCCCAGAACCCCACCCAUUCCGCAAUAUCCUCGAAAAGUGUGGUUUCAAGAAUUUCUCUUUACCCUGAAGCCAAGACACCAUCCACCAGAGCAGUACUCGGUCCGUGUCUACGUAAAUUCCCGCUAAGUAGUUUAAAUAAAGCUUUGAAGUACAGGACUAGUGGGGUUCGGGAAACUGACAGCAAGAUGGGCAAUAUAUUGAAGACAUACGCAAAAGCAAAGGAUAGCGCGCUAAGAUCAUUCCGGCACGUGAAGGGCAAGGAGGUAGUAGAAGUGGAUACUGAUAGUCGAGAGGGUGAUGUUUCCGAAGAUUCAAGCAUAGAAGAGGUUGAGAUUAUAGAAGAUGGGCUUGUAGGGCGCUCAGUGGUAACGGACCAGAGGAGGCAAGGGAGUGCUGGGCCUGUGAUUGAGAUACAGGAUUCGGAAAUUAAGGUUGGAGAUGGUGGAAUUCAGCAGCAGUCAACUUCUUCAGUGGUUUCAGAGUUGACUAAUAGUAAUUUGAAGGUGGAUGAGCUUUUGAGGUCCUUAUAUUUAAGCCCAGAGCAUGGUGUUAAUGAUGUUAUUGCAUACAAAAAGUUGCUCCAGGCGACAAACAGUCGAACAGACAAAUUAAAAUUGUUGGAGUUUGAAAUCCAACUAAACGAGAAGCGCAGGUCACCAAUUGAAUCUUUCCGUCCCGAGAAGGUUCCAAAACAGGAAUUACCACUUGAGCCUUUUGUCCCUCUCACACAAGAGGAAGAAAGAGAAGUUGAUGGGGCCUUUGCUGCAAACUGGAGGGAAGUCUUGGUUGCUCAUCAAAAUUCGAACAUUGAGAUAACUGGAGAAAUUCUCAGAUGCCUCAAGCCUGGUGCAUGGUUAAAUGAUGAGGUGAUCAAUCUGUACCUAGAGUUGCUAAAAGAAAGGGAAAAAAGAGAACCGAAGAAGUUUCUGAAAUGCCAUUUUUUCAAUACCUUUUUCUACAAAAAGCUAAUAGGUGGAAGGAGUGGUUAUGAUUUCAGAUCUGUGAGAAGAUGGACCUCACAAAGGAAGUUGGGAUAUAGCCUAAUUGAAUGUGAUAAAAUAUUUGUGCCAAUUCAUAAAGAGAUUCAUUGGUGCUUGGCUAUCAUCAAUAAGAAAGAUAAGAAAUUGCAGUAUCUCGACUCACUGAGAGGAAUAGAUAACCAAGUGUUGAAAGUGCUGGCUAGAUAUUUUGUAGAUGAAGUGAAGGACAAGAAUGGAACAGAUGUGGAUAUAAGUUCGUGGGAAAGAGAAUUUGUUGAAGACCUGCCUAAGCAAGAAAAUGGAUAUAAUUUGGACUCGAUUAAUAACAGGGAGCUCAGUUUAUGAAGCUUUAAUUUUGCUUUCUCCAUGGUAAUACCACGAUGAUCAUCAGUGACAAAUACUAUUUAAGCAACAGAGUUCUUGGUUGCCACAGCUCAAUAACUUGGAAGUGCUCUAGAAAAGUCGUUCAUGCCAAUUGGUUAUGUGCAAAACUGAUUAUCAACCAUCAAAUGAUCUCAUUGGAUAAGAACAGAUAUAUUGUAUUUGCUUGAUAUUGUCUUGGAGGGAAUGUAUACAAGGGACAUAACAUCAGUUGUGUCCAAGUUUUUAAGUACCUCAUUUCAUCUUUCCUAGCACUACCUAGUGGUUUUAUGCUGUUGGGAUGAGGACAAUCUAUCACUCGGAGCCUAUAAAUGGAAUGGGAGGGAUAUUAUUUAAAAUCUACAUUUUCUUUUUAUUGGUAUCAUUUUUCCCCUUCUGUUCAUAAUGGUUUCAUAAAUGGCAUUUUGCUAGUCAUAUUCUUCACUCCCCCUUCAAACUCUCAAAUAUAUCUAUUGCUACAGCUUUGAGCGUUUCAAGUUUGGGGCAGUUUGUGAGUGAAAUAUAUUUUUAAUUGGAAGAUUUUAUUUGAAAUUU